CUCUCUCUCUCGUUUCCAGAUGCAGAGAUUCCGAACCUUAGCUCCCCAAGCCAACCCCUUUCCAGUGCCUUGCGUGCAUCAUUCGGUGAUGAUGACAGACUAGAUCAGGAGUUGCAGGGACUUUGGGAAGCUUCACUGAACCAGUCAACUCGCAAGACAUAUUCUUCAGCCUUACAGUGUUUUCAGAACUUUAUGAUUAUGAAUGGUGCUAAGUUCUCCAAGCAUGGGUUACCUCUCAUACAAGAAUCAGACCUUGUUUAUUUUGUGACACAUUGUAAAUCGGUGCUGAAAUUGAAACAUGACACCAUUAAAUUAUAUCUUGCUGGCAUUAGGUUUCACUAUAUUAAGUCUGGAUUGGGCGAUGUCUUGAAAGGAUGCGAUCAGUUGCAUUAUGUGUUAAGAGGUGUUAAAAGAUUACAGUCAAAUGUCCAUCACAAGCGUUUUCCUAUUACUACAAGAAUUUUAGCACAAAUAUGGAAUGUUUUAGACCAGGGAGUUUUUUCUCCUUUUGUAGAUCUCAUGUUAAAAUGUAUGUAUUCAUGUGCAUUUUUUGGUUUUUUGAGAUGUGGUGAAAUCACAUGCAAAUCUCAGAAUGUAGAACAAUUUUUACAAAUCUCAGAUGUACAUAUUAAACCAGGAGGAAGUGCUUUUGUUUUGAAAUUAAGAACCUCCAAAACAGAUCCAUUUUCAAAAGGUGUUGAAAUUGUUAUUUUUGAAAAUGACCACUUUAAACCGGUGUACACCAUGAUAUCAUAUUUAGAUGCUCGCAAAUCUCUGUUUAGUUCAAACACUGGCAAAUCGCCAUUAUUUGUAGACAAUGAAUUUAACCUUAAACCCAUGCCAAGAGACACUUUUGUUCUGCAACUGAAAGAGAUACUCCUUCGGAUUGGAUAUGAUGAUAACAAAUUUUCAGGUCAUUCUUUUAGGAUAGGUGCAGCUACAGCAGCGGCUGCAGCUGGUGUUGAAGAUCAUGUUAUUAAAGAAUUAGGUCGUUGGUCUUCAGACUGCUACAACAGAUAUAUUAGAACAGAUGUAGAGGCUGUUCAAAAAGCACAAGUACAAAUGUCAUAUUUGUAAUAUGUUGUUUCUUUUUUUUUUUUUUUUUUCUACUGUGUACAUGAGCCUAUUAUUAUUACAUGUUAAAAAUUUUUUUUUUUUUUUUUUCUUUUUUCAUGACUACCGGUUCUUGGGGGCUUCACUCAUUCCUUUCGUUCAUUUGGCGUUCAUUCCUGGGGGAAUUUUGCCCCCAAGGGAUUAUUUACUUAUUACAUACAUUAUUUGUUUAUAUGUACAUGUAUUGUAUUAGAACCUGUAUAUGAAUUAUGUUGGCAGGCGGUAUAUUGUAGAUAUUAGGUUGACACGUUAUUCGGGCAGGAAUCUCGGCCACGUCUAUGUUUCUCUGUAUAUACAUGGUUAAGCUCACAGAUCAGCUCGAGCUUCAUUGGAUUUGUAUUCGGGUUUGUUGGUUACCCGCUGGGAUCAGCCCCGGGUAAGCUCCCUGGGAUCAGCCCGGAGCUUCAUUUCCAUUCAGUUUUGCAUGCAUGGGGAUUUGCUCAUUCAGCUCCCUGGGAUCAGCCCGGAGCUUCAGUCUGUUUUCUCGCCCGCUGGGAUCACCCCGGGCAGCUCCUUGGGAUCAGCCCGGAGCUUGUUUUUUGUGUUCAUUAACCCGCUAGAUUCAGUCGCGGGUAGCUCCUUGGGAUCAGCCCGGAGCUUCAUCACUCCUUUUGGACCCGUUGGGAUCAACCCGGGGUAGCUCACUGGGAUCAGCCAGUUGCUUAGUUGUGGUUUUAGUCCAGAUGGUCGUACGUGACCUGCUGGGAUCAGCCCAAGGCUAGUUCACUAGAGUUAGUGUAGAGUAGAGUAGAGUACAUAUAGUUAUGUAGUAUUGGAGUUAUAAGAAUGAGAAGCCCCCAGAACGCCAAACUGUAUUUUAUUUUUUGUUGUUUUGUACAUAUUGUAUGUUCUUCUGAUGUAGGCAUGUAUGUUAGUAAUCAAUAUGAGUUUUCAGUUGGAUAUGUAAAUAAAUGUUAAACUCUGA